AUGUCGAAAGUCAACUCUGCUCGCUUAUCCAUUGAGCACGGCGAAAUCUCGCCCAUUUCACAUGACGUGGCCGACAUGGCUCUGGUGUCCAAGAUGAGAUUGGUCAAUCGUACUAUUGACCAGAUUGGCUUCACCCCUUAUCAUGCGAAAUUAUUUUGUUUGAAUGGAUUUGGAUACGCUGCAGAUUCGCUACUCGGAUUCCUUCCAAGCAUCUCCGCAAGUAACGUCUUAGCCGAAAUGCAUGGUGACUACAAAAGAGCUGGUCAACUAGCACUAUACAUCGGACUCCUACUUGGCGCUCUGUUCUGGGGAAUCACGGCCGACAUCAUUGGAAGGAAGUGGGCUUUCAACAUUUCUCUCGUUCUCUCGUCUGUGUUUACCAUUGUCGCCGGAGCUGCGCCCUCGUACAAAUCGUGGGUGUUCUUCAACGCCGUGCUUGCAUUCGGAGCUGGCGGCAAUCUCGUACUCGAUACAACAGUUUUUCUCGAGUACCUUCCCCAUAAGUAUUCAUGGUUGGUGACGCUUAUGGCAGCAUGGUGGGGCGUUGGACAGACAGUGGCUGGACUAUUCGCCUGGGCCUUUCUGCCGAACUUUUCAUGUUCCAGCGAAGUGAUGAGAUGCACGCGGUCUGAAAACCAGGGUUGGCGAUACCUCUACUACACAGCGGGUGGAACCGUUUUCCUGAUGUGUUUUCUUCGACUCACUAUCAUUCGGUUCCACGAAACCCCGAAAUUCUCUCUAUGCCAGAAUAACGAUGAUGCCGUUAUCAAAACUCUUCGAACGAUCGCCGAUAAGUACGACCGAGAAAUGACGCUGACUGGGGAGGAGCUACGGGAAUGCGGAGAAGUCAACACAUCUCAUGCUCAGAGACGAGCAUCUCUUUCUGAGCUUUUGGUCCACUAUCGAGGCCUCUUCACCUCCAAGAAGCAAGGGUGCUUAGUUUCACUGAUUUGGCUGUCCUGGUCUUUGAUUGGACUGGCUUACCCACUAUUUUUCAUUUUCCUUCCAGAAUAUCUCUCAAGCCGGGGCGCAGAUUUGGGGAAUUCUUCUGCCUAUCUCACUUGGAGAAACUAUGCAAUCACCAAUGCUUUGGCAAUCCCUGGGCCAGUCAUCGCGGGCUAUAUGUGUAGAAACAGGGUUCUGGGCCGCAGGUUCACCAUGGCUAUCGGUGCUGCACUAUCGAUGAUCUUUCUGUUCGCCUAUACUACGGUCCGAAACGCAACCCAGAACCUCGCAUUCUCUUGCGUGAUCAGCAUCAUGAUUAAUCUUUACUACUCUACCCUGUACGCUUACACGCCUGAGGCAUUGCCUGCUGCCCACCGAGCAACAGGCAACGGUACUGCGGUAGGAUGUAACCGAUUAAUGGGAAUCACUGCUGUAAUUGUUGCAACAUUUGCUAGUACCUCGAGCUCGGUGCCAAUCUAUUUAUGUGCUGCACUAUUUGGUAUGAUAACUGUAAUCUCCGCAGUUCUGCCUUUUGAGCCUGUACGAGAUCAGCAGAUCUAG